ACUUGAAACUGGCCACCUUAAGAUAGAUAGUGGGCAGGGAUUUAGGAACCUCCUUCUAAGAUAUAGCUCGCCGGGUCGGUUCACCUUCUAGAGAAGAAAGAGAGAGGGCACCACGUCGCCGGCUCCACGCGUGAACAGAAAUGUCACGUACAUCCUGCCCAUAAGACGUCAACGCUUACCUCUCCCAACCCUAUGAGCGUCCAUGGACAGAUUGCGUCCCGCCAUGCGAAGGCGGCUCUACAGCCUACCUCAGCAGCUAGACCCCAAAGGCAGCAUCAUGGACGAGGAGGAAGACAACGAGGAGGACAGUGGCAGCAAAAGCAUCAGGAUGAAGGCGAUGCCUUCACCCCCGGGCCGGGGGAACAACAGCAGCGAGAACAAGCCAGGAGAGCCGAAGCAGGGAGAGGUGGAGACGGUGGUGAGCAUGAAAUGCAACACGAACGGCGACUGCAGGGUGACCCGAGGAAGCCAGUCGUCCAUCAGCAGGGCAGAGCCCAACAGGGGCGAGGAGACCAAGUCGGACAUGGAGGGAGGGGGUUCCAUCCACAGCGGGGACAAGAAAGAGAACAAAGUGGCUUUCUCCGCCGUGUCGAGCAGGAAAUCAUCCCAGCUUCAGCCCCGGGCGAGGAAUUCCGUCAGCUUCUUGAAAUCGGAUAGCGCUGAGCAGAUUGUGGCCGAGGAUGGGGACCAGAUCGGCAGCCAGGCGAGUUUCAUGCAGAGGCAGUUUGGGGCCAUGCUACAGCCCGGGGUGAACAAGUUCUCCCUGCGAAUGUUUGGCAGCCAGAAGGCUGUGGAGAGGGAGCAAGAGAGGGUGAAGUCGGCCGGGGCUUGGGUCAUCCACCCUUACAGUGACUUUCGGUUUUACUGGGAUUUCACAAUGUUGUUGUUUAUGGUUGGAAAUCUCAUAAUUAUCCCAGUAGGAAUCACUUUUUUCAAGGAAGAAACCACAACCCCAUGGAUUAUCUUUAAUGUUGUAUCUGAUACUUUCUUCCUUAUGGAUUUGGUCUUAAACUUCAGGACUGGAAUUGUUUUCGAAGAUAACACUGAGAUCAUUCUGGACCCACAGAAAAUUAAGAAGACCUAUUUAAAAAGUUGGUUUAUUGUAGACUUUAUCUCCUCAAUCCCCGUGGAUUAUAUAUUUUUGAUAGUAGAAAGAGGAAUUGAUUCAGAAGUUUAUAAAACUGCCAGAGCUCUACGGAUUGUACGUUUUACAAAAAUUCUCAGCCUUUUACGAUUAUUGAGACUCUCGAGAUUGAUUAGGUACAUCCACCAAUGGGAAGAGAUAUUCCACAUGACUUAUGACCUUGCCAGUGCGGUGAUGAGAAUAUUUAAUCUAAUUGGAAUGAUGCUUCUUCUGUGCCACUGGGAUGGAUGUCUGCAGUUUCUGGUGCCCUUGCUACAAGACUUUCCAACUGAUUGUUGGGUGUCUUUAAAUAAAAUGGUGAAUAAUUCUUGGAGCGAGCUCUACUCCUAUGCGCUGUUUAAAGCCAUGAGCCACAUGCUGUGCAUAGGGUAUGGACGGCAGGCUCCGCAGAGCAUGUCCGACAUCUGGCUGACAAUGCUCAGCAUGAUAGUGGGUGCCACCUGCUACGCCAUGUUCAUUGGUCAUGCAACUGCUCUCAUCCAGUCCUUGGAUUCCUCCCGCCGUCAAUACCAAGAAAAGUACAAGCAAGUGGAGCAGUACAUGUCCUUUCACAAGUUACCCGCUGACUUCCGGCAGAAGAUUCAUGACUAUUACGAACAUCGAUACCAGGGGAAAAUGUUUGAUGAAGAUAACAUACUGGGGGAGCUAAGUGAACCACUCAGAGAAGAAAUAGUGAAUUUCAACUGCAGGAAGCUGGUGGCCUCCAUGCCUCUCUUUGCCAAUGCCGAUCCGAUAUUUGUGACCGCAAUGCUGACCAAACUGAAGUUCGAAGUGUUUCAGCCUGCAGAUUAUAUCAUCCGUGAGGGGACGAUAGGGAAAAAGAUGUACUUUAUCCAACAUGGGGUGAUCAGUGUCCACACAAAGGGCAACACGGCAAUGAAACUCUCAGAUGGUUCAUAUUUUGGAGAAAUCUGUUUGUUGACAAGAGGCAGGCGAACUGCCAGCGUGCGAGCUGAUACCUAUUGUCGUUUGUACUCUCUCUCUGUGGAUCAUUUUAAUGAGGUGUUGGAAGAAUACCCAAUGAUGCGUCGUGCCUUCGAGACCGUUGCCAUCGAUAGACUGGAUAGAAUAGGAAAGAAGAACUCUCUUUUGCUGCACAAAGUCCAGCAUGAUUUAAACUCUGGUGUCUUCAACAACCGCGAGAAUGAGAUUAUACAGGAGAUUGUGAAGUACGAUAGAGAGAUGGUUCAGCAAGUGGAACUACAGCACCCUCUUGCCAUGUCUCUCACCCCUCCGUUUCAUGGCGGGCCCAUGUUCAAUUCUCAAGGCCAACUUGCUAGCAGUUCGGCAAUUGCUACCCUCCAGCAGGCUGUAGCUAUGAGCUUCUGUCCUUCAUCUACAGGGCUUUUCAUUGGGUCUGUAGGUGUGCAGUCACCCAGGACAGUCAGACGGCUGCACACUGUCCAGAGUUUAGCAAGCCCACUCUCUGUGUCCCCCGGUCAACAGUCGCAGACGCAGCAGCAACUGGCCUCGGUCUCACCAAGUCCUUAUCCUUCUGCAGUCUCCAGCCCUCCAAACCAAAGUCCGCUAGCAAGUCGAACUUUCCAUUACGGGUCUCAAGCACAAUCAGGCUCACAGUUAUCACUGACGCAGCAAACGAUAUGCAGCCCAUCGCACCGCCAUGCUGUUCACAAGAGCACACAAGCGUUGCACACGGGCAGUUUAUCCCAAGAGGCAAGACCACUGUCCGCAUCGCAACCCUCGCUGCCUCACAAUCUCUCCCAGACAAUAACCUCGAGCCCACCGCAGUCAACCCGAGAAUCGACAUCGUCGAUGGGAGGUCAGAUAUCCGCGCACCCGGCCACGGGAGGUCUCCAGGGAUCAGUGCGAGGAUCCGUCCCACCAAGAAUGGCCCUGACCCACCAAAUGUCCACGGGCGCAAUAUUUCAGCCACCGGGGAUGCCAGGUGCGCAGCAGGACUCCGGCGUCCCCAAGAAAGAUUCAGUCGUGUGUGUUAUGGACACGGACCCUGGCAAAUCAAGGCUCUCCUCCAACUUGUGAUAUUUCAGGCACCGACCGUGCAUUUUUAGCGGUCAACAAGAGAUUCAAGGUUCAGAAAGAAAUCACAGACAGUUGUGUGAUCCAGAAAGGAGAAGCUGCUGGUUACUGCACACCCUAAACUAAUUAAACACCCCACACAUCUUAUUCCUGUCACACUGAAACUCCAAAUCUGUGCAAUUGUUUCAGUGUCAAAACGUAUAACAAAUGAAAAUGUACAUAAGCUCAGAGUCCUUUGAUAGGGUUUACUAGCUUUCAUUUCUUUUACCAAUUAGUCCGUGUGAGUGUUUUUAUUUCAGGGAAAAAAAGUCUUAUUAUGGUAUUAGGUGUUACAGUGUUGCUAACAUAGUACUGUUGUAAAAUUAGUUGUCAGUUGUUAGCCCAAUACAUUUGAACGUUUUAGGAAAUUGUUGCUGUAACAUAAAGCAGCAGAACAGACAGACCUUAACCUUUUUUGGACAUGUCUAAGCUAGAAAACAUGUUUUUAUUUUAAUAUUAAAAAGGAGUUGUGUUUUUCCUUGUACAGUGUAGUAAAACCAGUUAAUAAUGGUAAUCUACUGGUGCGUCACAGGCUAAGGGAGAUUAAAUCAAUAGUUUCCUUUGACUCUUCUGUAUAUAACUAGUACCUUGAGAGUCGAUGGAUUCCUAUGAGAUUUUAAAAAAAAAGCCUGAUGUUAUGUAAAUGGAAAUGAUUAAAUGUGUGUACCAUUCGGACCAAAAGCAGUUCUAUGUGAAACUGUGUGGAAAAAUGCACUGGUGGAUUUUGAAUAGCAGAAUGCACUCGAUAGGUGACUUACAUUUUUCUUAUUGGAUUAGUGCAUGGUGUCAUCGCCCAACAGUCUAUUCAGGUUCAAACGGUUGUGUGGCGUAAAAGUGGCAGUAUGAACAAGUUGCAACAAUAACUUGGUAUAUUCCUUUUCUUCAACAUGCAAUAGUAACAACUGAACCAGUUAGCUGAGUCAUCCAUUUUGUGUAUAUGGUGAAAAGACACACCUCACUGCAAUAAGAGUGUUGACUUAGUUCAUAAAUACUUCCCAUGAAGUUUUAUUACUAAUAUAACAAAGUCUGUACAGCACUUAUAGCCGUUCUAAAUAUUUAAAUGCACAGCACAACUCUGACCAUGGAGACCUUUUAUUUCAAAUAUCCCAGCAAACAUUUGAAGCUGUUUGAAAAUAAAUAGGUGCUUUGAUCUACUUCUUCAAAAGGUGGGAGAAUGGGGCUGGGAGGGAGAGAUAGAUCAGCCAUGAUUGAAUGGCGGAGUAGACUUGAUUGUCCAAAUGGCCUAAUUCUGCUCCUAUCACUUAUCACCUAAAAUGGUAUAAGAUCCAUAGCUGCUUAUUCAAUUAUUGUCUUUGACAAAAUGAACACCAUAUUGUUAAUGCACAUAAGAUUGCAUUUAAACAGAUUUAUAAUCUUGAGUUGUAUUUUUAAUUUUUAAAGUUUGCAUACAGUGAUGUAGCUGUGAUCCUUUACAGUUCUAUAAAGACAAAAUAAUUUGGUGAAAAACAAAGUCUUCAGUCUGAAGAAGGGACUCGACCUGAAACGUCACUUAUUCAUUCCCUCCACAGAUGCUGAGUUACUCCACCACUUUCUGUUUAUUUUCUUUUUAUAGCAGUCCCUUGUGUCUCCAAUUUGGUGGAAAUACUGAAUAAACUGGAACAACAGUUAAAUACUUAAAGUCAAAUCUCUUUAAUAGAAGUACAAUGGUAACACCAUGAAACUAAAACUUUGUGGGAAUUAUUUAGAUAUUUCUGGUUUCUGAUUGAGUUAAUAUUCUGAGACAUUGUAGUUUAUAAUCCUGCUGCUCUAUUAAUGGCCUUUACAAAGAAUGUAGCUAUUUUUUAUCAAAACAAUCAUAUUAGCUUUUCUCUCAAAACUAAGGAGCCUAUAAUCAUUGCAGCCAUAUCUUUAGAGUAGAAAGAAAAUGUAACAGGUAGGUAUUUUUGUUGAAUGUAUAAACACAAUUGGGCAAAGUUUGCCCAAUGUCUGAAAAUGAAAAAUUAGCUUCAACCAUCAUUCCUUCUAGAAUAGCGAAUUGUUGGUAGCAUAAAUAGAUUUUUAGCAGCCUUGAUGCAUUAAAUGUGAAAGUCUCCAUCACUUUUUUGGUGCAGGUCUAUAGUGCUGGGAAAUGUCACUUUUACAAAUUGUCCAGUCAAGUCAUUAUGGUACUGUCCUCAGUAAUCUAUAAUGUGUUGUCAGCUGUGAGGUUAUUGAUUAUAAAAUGUAUUAUACUUAAACUAGAAUGCCGUUCAUUCAUGGCUCUCAACAACAUGAUCUGACUUGAGACGAGACCUUAAGAAAUUAAUGUUAAAUCAAUAGGCAGCUAAUGUGUGUGAUAUGAAAGAAUGUAUGAUAUUUUGUUAAAUACUGAAAGAAAUCCAAAUGUAGAGGUGUACAUUUUUGUUGUAAUCAAUUAUACUUUGUGUGUAAAACAGCUUAAUUUACAGUGAAAUUUGGGGUGAAAUUCUUGUAAAUUCUUGUCAUGAAAAUUCUGAAUGAAACCGCACACCAUUAUUACUGAAUUUACAAUUUCUAAUAUUUGUAAAUUAGCUGGUAAUCAUUUGCAGUGGUAAUAAGCAUUCAUAUCAAGAUUUUACACAAUACAACUUUGGAUUCUAUCAUUAACAUAUCCAAAAAUCGUAAAUUAAAAGGUAAGAGUGAUUUCCAAAUUAAAUUAAAUUCUUUUGUAUUAUGAUUUGAGUUAUAUAUUGAUCAGUUUGAGUUAUUUUAUACAGAAGAGGUUUUAUACAUAUGAAGGUGAAUACACUAUUGACACUCUUACCCGAGCUUAGAAUGCCAUAGUACCAAAAAGCAUUUUAUUUUUAUCCAGAAUAUUGAAUUCUUGACUGUAUGAUUGCCACUGAAAAUUAAUAAUGAUAGCACCUUCAAACAUAGUCCCGACAUUCAAAAUUCCUUCAUAUCUGCAGACCAUGCGUUACAACCGCUGCUCAGUCACAGAACAUUUCUAUUUAGAUUUUAAAAUGCAUUUCAUUUUCAUUUCUCGAAUGAGUGAUGCGACCCUUUGAAGUGCAAAUACUCCAAAACCAGUGACUUUGUUUUUUGAUAUUGCUGUAGAACUCUUGACCUUAAUUAACUAAACUAAACAAAACUGCUUUUAUGCAAUUAUGUCAAAAGCAAAUGCCUCACCUCACUUAAUAGCAGAUCGAUGUUAAUAUGGUGUUAGAUGUUUCAUAAGGGCAGGCUUUUUAACCACUUGUAGUAACUACUUAGCCUUACACUGCUAGUCCAUGGAUAGCACCAUAUAUGUACUUCAGGUACAUAAGAUGAUAGAGAUUUUAUUAAAUGUUUAUGCUGGCAAUAUAUCUUCUGCAACAAAUUUUGUUUCAUGUUUGUAGAUUUUGUGCCUAAUAUUGUGCUUUCCUUGUGUGUUCUGUGAUUUACUAAUCUGUAAUUGUGCAGGCUUCAAUAUUAAAGCCUGCACAGGAGUUGCACUGACAUUCAAUAAACUCAAUUUUCUUACUCUCACAGAGAAGGUUGCAGGUCUAGAUAUUAUAAGACUUGCAUUUUUGUUUUUGAAUGUGGGUGCUGAAUAUAAUAUAUUUUCUUGCACAAUUAUGUUGGCCACACGCAUGUCCAAUAUUCCAUUUACAAUGUAAAGUAGUUAGCUGUCUGUAACAUAAAAUGUAAGGAAGCUUGAAAGAGUUUUCAAGAAGGAACUGCAGAUGCUGGAAGAUCGAAGGUACACAAAAAUGCUGGAGAAACUCAGCGGGUGCAGCAGCAUCUAUGGAGCGAAGGAAAUAGGCGACGUUUCGGGCUGAAACCCUUCUUCAGACUGAUGGGGGGUGGGGGGGGGAGAAGGAAGGAAAAAGGGAGGAGGAGGAGCCCG